UCCUUUCUUUCGACUCCUUCAAGUCCAUUGUAUCUGGUGGAAAAUUUCAACAUCACCCUUCAGUGGACAUACACUCUUGAUGGUGCUCCUCUGGAUGAUGUAGAAGUAAUUUUCACUCCUGAUUCCUCCUCGCCUUCUGCACAAAGAGUUGCGAGGUAUAGGAGUGGAGGCACAACUCAGGUGGCUAGUGACGUCCAAGAUCGAUUCGUUUUUAGUUUAACAGAUAGUCAAUCAACAAUGACAAUCCUUCGCUCCCAAAGAUCAGACAGCGGAACGUAUGAAUUGACUGUGACUCCCGACGACUUUCUCUCAACUACCAUCAAAGACAGCGUCAAGAUUUCAGUGAAAUGUAAGUACAUCGUUUUUCCUUAUUUUCUCCCAGAGACUUCUACAAUAAUACUGAUAAUAAUAAUAAUAAUAAUAAUAAUAAUAAUAUUAACAAUAAUGGUAAUGAUAAUGAAUAUGAGAGUGAUGAUUUUCACCUUGAGACUUGUUGUUUUAGGAACUAUUAAAUUAGUGGUGAUUGAGGGGCUUAGUUAGGCCAUACUCAAGUCAGGGGUACUGUAUGGCUUUGUCACUGAUUAUAAAACAUGUUUUCUCACUUUUAAAUUACUUGUUUGUUAGUAUUUGUUUAAAUCAGAAUGAGGAUCUUUCUAUUUGCUGUCACUUCAGCUUUAAACUUUCUGUUGCAAAGUCAACCAUCAUACAUGUUUUCAGAUAGCACAGAUAUUGCAUUUUAUAAUAAAGUUAGAAUUUGAUGCAUGCUGUCAUUGGUUGAAAGAAUGUGCUCUAUGAGAGUAUAGAGCAUAGAGCUGAGCUAAAGCUGUCAUGCCAUCUGCCAAAUUGUAUUAUGUUUGACCUUUUCUGGGACUUUGUUUUGUUUUUUCUUUAAUUGAAAGUAAAAUUUGGCAACAAACAAGCUUGCAAGCAGCAACAGAAGAACCAAACGAAGGUUUGAAAAAAUGCCAGGUGCCGUAACGUGAGCAGAAACGAAAAUCUCAAAGAGAAAAUGAAAUGGACAGUCUGAGUUUUAAAGGUUUUCACGCACAGUUAAAUUGCAAGCUUAUGUACAGUAAUAAAAAGCAAACACAGCUAAUACCCACAAAGUAUAUGAAGAUUCAUUUUCAAAAACAAAAUAGCACAAAACAGGAAUAAUGAAAAAUUUAACCAAACUGGCAUAACUCUAAAAUUUGUAUUAAUCAUGACGUGUCAGAGCAAAUGCAAUCAUGCUGAGGUCCAUUAAGGCUAGCUCAUCGUGGUGAUCUUCAGUCAUUGCAGUGAAACAAGCCUCAGGGAAUUCAUUGGCCACCCUUGAAGUGAAAAAAUAAGAGCUUGGUGUGAUAUCCUUUCCGAUGCAGUGAGUGGAAGGCCACAUCCGAGUCAUUGCAGCUGACUUUUACAGUGCUGUCAUCUCGAGCAAUCUUCACAUUCUGGUGAAUUCAGCUGUCGUUUAUUCAUAAAACACUUGCCUUGAACAGUUUGUUUUCUACUUGUCAUGUGAAAAAACUUGCAUGUUUUUAUGAGCCACAAUUCAGCCAUUUUUCAGUGAACAUUCCAUUUUCAGAUUCUGUACUGGAGACAAAAAAACUUCAGGCAGAAGUGUUAGAUUCAACCUGCUGAACUAUGUAAUUUUGUAAACUAUUGCAGAAUGUGAACUUUGAUGGUUUGACAUUUUUGACAGCUUAAGUCUUGUGCAGCCAAUUAGAUUAUUUGAACCAUUCUAUCAAGGAUUCUGAUUGGCUUAUUAUAGCAUGCAUUAUGAGAAUAUAGAGCAUGCUGAUGACACUGUUGUUCACUUUGGAAAUAAGUUUGUUUUGAAAAUUGAAAGGAAUUCUUGGGGAAUUUAAUGGAUUCUUUAUUCUAAAACAAAUAGAGAAGCCUUUACUGUGCUCUGUUCUGUUGUAAAGCACUCAAGAAGUGGGGAGAAACACAAGACGUAGUAGAUAGUUUCACCCUACAAUUCUUUUGUGUUUUUAGCCAAUUCCUAUGUGCUUUACAACAGAACAGAGCACUGUCAAGGCUUCUCUAUUUGUUUAAUAAAAAUUUGAAGUAAUUUCAACACUGAACUGACCAUACAGAACCAGAAUAAACUAGAUUCAAAACUCAUUGCUCAAAAUAAUUCUUUUAGUUGCAUGACACUUUGGUGUGUCUCCAUAUGAUGGGGAGUUGAAAGUUAUGAGCUUUCAUUUCUUUAAUAAAGCUAAUUUUAUGGGUACCUUCCCUUUCAGAAUAACAAUAUGAAUGCAUCAUCAAGUUUGUAGUAGAAAUGUGAAUAAUUUGCAGCUCCCUGGUCUUUUCCUUCAACUUCAAUAAAUGCUGUGAAAUUAUUUUGUUCUUGCGCAUAGGAUGGCUGAAAAUUUUUCAAAAUGUUACAACAUACAUGUUAUACUAUGUUUGCUUAAUCAAUAUUUUGUUAUAGUAUGUUUCUGAUGCUGUCAGGAUUGUGAUUAUGUUACAGCUUUAUGGUUUUAGCCUCGCAAAUAGACCAUUUGCAACAUUCUGCUUGCAAAACUGAUUGUUUUAUUUGGUUUCCACCAUAAACUUAAACAGUAGAAUAUAUUCUUGUUUCAAGCACUUUCCUGCCCCCUUGAGAAUUUCUCAUUCCAAAGAGGUGGAAGAGUCCGAUAAUUUUCCAUUUCAAGCACUUUUUCAUGUAUGUAAAGAUGUAUUAUUUAAAAUAAGUUUCAAACUUAUUCAUUACUUAUUUACUUAUUCAUUCAUUAUUCACGACACUUAGUCAUUCAAGACAACAAUAGACAUAUUCUGUCUCCAACACAAAACAACAAGGCUGAAGUUUUCAUUUCCAAGGACAUGAGAAAUGUUUUAUUGUUUCAAGAACUUUCCGACACCUUGUGUAAUAUAUGAUGCUAAAAAUUAGGGAUAGAAAUGAUAUUUUACUCUUGGGUACAAUGGAUGAGGUUAGUUGUUUCACAGAGAGAUGACCAUUUUUAGUACAAUUUGGUUGAGAAUUGCACAAAAGGUAUCAGAUAUGACCUUUAUUUUUCUGACUCCUUGCACUGGAUAAAUUUAAUUUUACUAUUGAGACUCUUGUGAUGGUCUUUAAAACUGUGACCUAUAAUUUAAAGGCAAAUCUUGACGUGGUUACCUUACUUUGAACAAAUUUAUUCUCGAGCUGAAGAUUCAAGUAUAAGUUUCUAUUGGUUGUUUUUACUCAACAUGUUCGAUGCUAUCAAUUUGUAUGCUUAGUAUAAAACAGUUUAACAUACCGCUGUCCAGAUUUGAGAAAUUUUUGCUCAAUUAAGGAAUUAGUAAAUGAAACCACUUCUGUUUGUUCAUACUAGCAACGUUGUGGGUUUGAUUCCUCUGCAACUUAGGUGUGAGCAGUUAUGUAGCUAAUCAUCUACGUGUGCCUGUCACCUUAAUUAGUAAGUGUAAUGACUAGUGAAGGUAUUAAUUGCCCUCAGUGUGGACAUUGGGCAUUGCUCUUAGCUGUUAAAGGUUUCGUGAAUUAACUAUCUGUGAAUGAGUAACAGCUUUGUGUAUACAUGGUAAAAAAAAUUCAGGGAAUUCUCUAUUUGUCAAUGUUUGUGCCUUCUUUAUGAUAGAUGCAUCAAAGAUCAACUACACCUCUGGUAAUCAGACCCUGAAUGAAAGUGACACAUUACAUCUAACAUGCGUGGCUGAUGGUAAUCCAACUCCAAAUAUCACCUGGACAAGAGUUUCUAACAACAAACCUGUGUCCUUCCCUCUCAUCAUCAGUGGCAAACAAGAUGAAGGAGGCUACAGGUGCACUGCUAGUAAUGAUGUUGGAAGCCCUGAUAGCAGGACUGUCUAUGUUUUUGUGCAGUGUAAGUUUUAUUAG